CAGGAAAAGACAUUUCACAUAACAGAACAGAACACGAUGAACGUCUGACAUGCUGCACAAGUAACGACAACCCUAACUGAAACUAUAUUGUUACACGACUCAGCCAGUACUCUGGUCAUGUGUGAGAGCUUCUUCCGCCAGUCCAUUGACGUCACCUCCGGAACGGCGGGAUCUCCUGGUUGUGUGAACGUCGGGGGAGGACGGGAAGAUGAACGGCGGACAGUGCGCAGGCGCUGAGAGGUUCCAGUACCUGCAGACUCUGGUCACAGAGUUCCAGGAUACGGACAGUAUAGAAGCCAAAGAACAGGUCCUGGCAAACCUAGCAAACUUCUCCUAUGACCCAAAGAACUUCUCUGACCUGCAGAAGCUGCAAGUUCCAGAUUUGUUUCUGGACAUGUUGACUGAAGACAAUGAAAAUCUGGUGGAGUUUGGAAUAGGUGGCAUCUGUAACCUGUGUCUGGACAAAGUCAUGAAGAAUCACAUUUUGUCCUCGGGAGGUCUAAGCCUUAUCAUUAACUGUUUGUCCAGCUGCCGUGAAGAGACUGUUCUUUCUGCCACAACAACACUCAUGUACCUGUGUACAACUGCUUCCAGAGCUGAAAUCAUUACUCCUCCUGUUGUAGAGUGCAUGGUCCGCUUCUCUUUGUCAGACAAUCGUAGGUUUAGCAAUUUGGCCAAAAUCUUUCUGGAGGAUUACUGCACUGAACAGCAAGUGGAACAAGCAAGGUCUCUGAACCAACAUACUGCGCUGGGAAUACCCCUUCCCAAAGACUGACCCUGGGACUGAGUUUUCUUAUAAUGUACAAAUGGUGCAAAACGUUUUAUAUAUUUUAGUGUACAAAGAAAGCAUAAUGUAAAUAAUAAAUUACUUGAAUUUCUUAAGUGACACAUUUUGUUUCACAAAAGACUUCAGCUUUUUAGGGCUUUAUAAUUUAGGCUACAUUGGACUCGCUCAGAAUUAAGGAGGAUCAUGGGAACUGUUCCCAUUUCAAAUGCAGAACUAUUGAAUUGAUAACUACAAACUC